GGGAGACAGAAAAGCUGUUUCUUUGGAGGAAACCUCUUUAUCUAUGAUUUCUUAUUAACUAAACCUAAAGGACUGCAUCAAAGAUGGAUGACAUUGAUGCCAUGUUCAGUGACAUGCUGCAGGAGAUGGAUCUCCUCUCAGCGAGCCUGGAGGCUGAAGUUACAGAACCGAAACCAUCCUCCAUCUCCAGCCAGGAAAUCAACUUUUCUAUUGGCUUUUCAGAUCUCAAUGAGUCUUUAAAUGAACUAGAGGACAAUGAUCUGAACGCUCUGAUGGCCGACCUGGUGGCUGACCUGAAUGCCACAGAGGAGAAGUUUGCUGCUGAGAGAUCUUUGGUGAAUGAACCCUUGCCACCACCUCCUCUUUCUGUUCCAACAGCUUAUUUUACUCCUGCUGCCCCUGCUGCCGCACCACCCACACAUUCUAAGGUCGACAUGCCAUCUUACCCCAGUAACACCUCCAGUUUUCCUUCCACCAACUCAAACAGUGUAUUACCACCUCCAUCAUCCUCAAAACCAUCUAUGGAGGAAAUAGAGGCACAGAUGAAAGCAGACAAGAUUAAACUCGCCCUUGAAAAGCUAAAAGAAGCCAAAGUGAAGAAGCUAAUAGUGAAGGUGGAGAUUACAGACGGCAGCUGUAAGACUCUGAUGGUAGACGAGAGACAGACGGUGAGGGAUGUGAUAGACAACCUGUUUGAGAAAACACACUGUGAUGGCAGCGUGGACUGGUGCCUGUGUGAGACCAACCCAGAACUUCAGACAGAGCGUGGCUUUGAAGAUCAUGAAGCCCUGGUAGAACCCCUAUCGGCAUGGACACGGGACAGCGAAAACAAAGUGAUUUUUCAAAAAAGAAAAGAGAAGUAUGAAGUUUUUAAAAACCCACAGAACUUCUAUUUAUGGAAGAAGGAUAAGAAGUCACUCAAGGACAUGAAAGAUAAAGAAAAGGAGCUUCUCUUGGAGGAGAACUUCUGUGGACCAUCUGUGAUUGUGCCUGACCUGGAGGGAAUGCUGCAUCUGAAAGAGGAAGGCAAGAAAUCCUGGAAGCCACGCUUCUUUCUGCUACGUGCCUCUGGAAUGUAUUACUUACCCAAGGGAAAGACCAAGUCGUCUCGGGAUAUGGUGUGCCUGGUGCAGUUUGACAAUAUGAACGUGUACUACUGCAACGAGUACAAAACCAAAUACAAAGCGCCCACUGAUUACUGCUUCAUCCUCAAGCAUCCUCAGAUCCAGAAGGAGUCUCAGUACAUCAAGUACCUGUGCUGUGACGAUGAGUGGACAAUGAAUCUGUGGGUAACGGGGAUCCGUAUUGCCAAGUAUGGCAAGAUGUUAUAUGAAAACUACAAGAAUGCUGAGAGGAAAAAUUCAUCACUGUCUUCAGUUUGGAGUAACUUAAACCUCCAACCAAGUCCAUCCAGCUCAAACACAUCCACACCCUCUCCCACCCCAAAAGCCAAAGCUGCUAAUGGACAUGCUUCUCAGCCUAGAUCAGAACCAGCGCCCAAGGGCUCAUUUCUGACACCGGCACCUCCAGUGGAAAUCCUGCCUCCUCCCCCACCUGACCCUUCACUUUUUCUACCACCUCCUCCUCCUUCUCCUCCUCCUCCACUGGCACCUGCUCCAACCCUGCCUGUGAAGAAACAGUCUCCCAACACUGUGUCCAUAAAGAAGCGCCCUCAGCAACCUAACCCUCCUCCCCGAGCUUUGCCCAAUCUCCCUCCUCCAAUGGACCUGCCACUUCCUCCACCUCCGAGCGACGACAUGGAGCUACCUCCCGACUUCCUUCCCCCACCGCCUCCGAUGAUGGGUGCAGAUCUUCCUCCACCUCCUCCAGAUCACUUCCUUCCUCCUCCUCCUCCACCAGCAGCAAAUGGAAAUGCACCUCCACCUCCGCCCCCACCCCCACCUCCACCUCCCUCUGUUGCUGCAGCCAAUCCAGCUGGGCCCCCUCAACGGAAAGCUGGUCCGCCACCUCCAAAGAGAACUACACCUGCUCUAGAGACACCCUCUGGUGGAGACUUUAUGUCAGAACUGCAGAAAAAACUGCAGAGAAAACGAGACGGGCUGUAAAUUUCCUUUGGAUUUUUUAAAUAAUAAGUGCUGUAAAUAGUGGACUUGUCUGCCUUAAUAUGUUACUGACUACGCAACAUCAGUUAUACACGGAGCGAUGCUUUGUAAGUGGCAGGGGAUUGAAAUUAAAGCAUUGAAAUAAAUAUUGCUUAUUAAAAGCUC